AUGCCGACCGCUCAAUCCGCCGAGUUUAAGAAAGCCGUCGAGGACAGCCGGAAGCUGAAGGCGAAGCCCGGCGAUGAUGAGUUGCUGCAGCUCUACGCCCUCUUCAAGCAAGGCACGCAAGACCCGCCGAUCGAGCAGUCGAAGGCUCCAGGCAUGUUCGAAUUGAAGGAGAAAGCGAAGCGCAACGCCUGGCAGAAGGUUGUCGAUGAGGGCGUGAAGCCGGCGGACGCACAGAAGAAGUAUGUUGCGCUGGUCAAUGACUUGAAGAAGAAGCAUGGCUUCACCGGGUAG